UGGGUCCAACACAAAUCCUUUAGCUGUGAUACAGGUUGUGUCGAAGUUUUCUGUGAAUUUUUGAUAAUUUUUCCUCUGGAAAUUUCUAAAUAAACGCCAUGAAGACCAAACAAAGACGCAACGACACCGAACAGCAGCAGAAUGACGUCAUGGAAGACACAGAGUUUAGUGCGGGUGACUCUGGAUCGUCCACGACCUUUCCCCAACAGUGCUCCGCUCUCAGGAAAAAUGGAUAUGUCGUCAUCAAGGAGCAUCCAUGUAAAAUAGUGGAGAUGGCCACUUCUAAAACUGGGAAACAUGGACAUGCCAAGGUACACUUGACAGGAAUUGAUAUUUUCACCCAGAAGAAGUAUGAGGACAUAUGCCCCUCCACCCACAACAUGAAUGUCCCCGUGGUGAGCAGACAUGAUCUUCAGGUGGUAGAUGUGAGUAGGGAUGAAUAUGGCUACAUGUCCCUGAUGAACGACAAUGGCGAGUUGGUUCAGGUGAGAGCACCACAGGGAGAUUUGGGAAACGAAAUCAAGAAAAGGUUUGCAAAGGAUGAAAACUUGUCCGUCACUUUGAUCAAAGCGAUGGGAGAGGAGGCGGUCCAAAGCGUAAAGGUCCUUUCACCUUAGUAAGACACACAUUUCCGAGGACUCUGGCAGUACCGUCGUGGACCAGAAAACCUCCAGCUUCUAUCAUCCGUGGAACAGAACCACAGGCAUGACAGGGGGCAGCCCUUGCGUGGAUAUACAGCACUAGAACUGAUUCUGGACAACAUCCGGUUUCGGGGUCACGUGACUGUAUACAACCCUAAAACAUAGAUAUUGUAUCAGAUUGUGGUGUGAAGCUGCUAUAUAUACAAUCAUCUUUGCCCGGAAUAUGAUCUAAUUUUGAAUUGAUGAAUUAUUUUAAAUCAAUUGAACAAUUAUGGUCAAAAA